AUGGCUGAAUUAGAUUAUCUCGCCACAAUCCCUGGUAUUCCAUUUCCUCAGAUAUACGAAACUAUGAUGGAUUGGAAAACGCCUAUCAUUGCUGCCAUUGCAUAUGAAGCAGGUGUUCAGGUACUAUCAAGAAUAUUUGGUUCCUCAGCAACCUCCUUAUCACGCGUGGAGGCGAAAAAACGCGGCGACCAAACCGCACGCAAAUCAAACCCCUUGAUGACAGCCUUUUGUCUGGCACAUAAUAUGGCUCUUUGUAUUUAUUCCGCUAUCACAUUCUACAACAUGGUGAAAGGAUUGCAUAAGGCAAGGACACGAGAUGCACCGUUAUUUGACCGGGUGUGCGACCUAGACGAGUUCUUUUGGAGAGACACACUUGCCUAUUGGGGAUAUCUAUUUUAUCUCUCAAAGUACUAUGAAAUGGUGGAUACAAUUAUCAUUGUGCUCAAGGGACGUCAACCAUCAUUCCUACAACUCUUCCAUCAUGCUGGUGCUUUGAUCACCAUGUGGGCUGGAAUCCGCUAUCGUUGCACUGCUAUUUGGAUGUUUUGCACGUUCAAUUCGUUCAUUCACACGGUCAUGUACUUUUACUAUGCAGCGACCACUGUUGGCCUUCAUCCUCCCGGCAAACAAUACUUGACAUCGAUGCAAAUCAUCCAAUUUGUGGUGGGCGUGUCACUUGCUUUGGCAUACUUGUUCUAUCCUGGUUGCUCUAAUUCGCCAGGCCAACGAUUUACGCUCAAGAUCAACAUCAUAUACGUCACAUCCCUGGUCGGAUUAUUUGCCAACUUCAUGCGUAAGACGUAUGGUCGCUCUCGGAAGGACUCCAAAAAAGAACAACUAAAAAAAGAAUAA